GCCACGACGGAGCUGGCGGGCGAUGCGGCGUCCUCAUCCCAGACCGAGGUCGUGGAGGAGUCACCCCGCGCCUCGCGGUCCCCGAAACAGUCGCAACAAUCAGACGCCCUUGACGCCGGCCCCGGCUCCGCUCUCAGCAUUCCUCUGACCGUCACAAACUCCCAGGAGUCCCACGUCACCAGCUCGUCGGCCCAUGCCGUGACGCCUCCCGCAAGCGACAUCAGCAGCCAUUCGGCUGCUGCUGCCGACAAGGCCGACCACCUGCUGCAGCUGUCCACCCUUGCAGCCGCCCGAGACAGAAUAUCGAUUGGCACGGCCGUUGGUGUGUCUAGGAAACGCAUGGCUGAUGGCGAGGUCAAGGCCGGCAUGGCAAACAUGAGCCCUAUCAAAGGUCGUGGCCAUGGCCAUGCCAGGAACCUGAGCGCCGUCAGCGUCACAUCGACCGGCAGCACAAUAGGGGAGCUGUCUGCUGAGCUCAAAACUCGUCUUUCUUACGCCAUGGUCAAGGUCAAUUUUGGCUGGCAAGGCCAUUCCAUCGAAGAGGUCGAGUCAAUGGCCGCCUCGCAAGCUGCCUCCCCUACCUCUGGCUCCUCCACUAUCCGACGACACGGCUCCUCCACGAGCCCUCGCCUGGAUGUUACUGCGGCGUCUACUCAAGUGCACCGCGCCCAGCAAUCCGCCAUCCGCCGCAAGUCUGACUCCCCCAACUUGAUGUCCAACAAGCCCUCUCUCGCUCCUCCGGCGACUAUCCAGCCUUCUCUCAAUGCUGCGCGCUCCAAUCCGCGCCGCAAUUCAAGCCCUCGAUACACCCCCACCAUGCUCUCCCACUCUCAUUCGGCAUCUCCUCACACUCCUGCUCAGCCAAUGGCAGUUGAAUCACACCAGUCCCUGUCUCAACCCGCGCGCAUGACCGAUCCAAUUCUUUUCCCGUCUCAUCAGAACGUGAGAGAGCAAGAUGCCAUGGAGGCAUUGCUUUUUAUGAGCAGCCCUAAUAAUUCUGCCAAUCUGAAGCAUACCUUUUCUCCUUCGGCCUCUCCAAACCCUCAAGUUGGUGCUUUUAGGAGUAGCGCUGCAAGACAUGCACUGCCCAGUGCACCUAGGAAGGGCCUUCCUGCGCAUAGACCCUCGAAUCUGAAUCGAAGAGCCGGAUUUGAUAGGUCUCCAGGGCUGGUUCAUCCUCCUGGAUCUCCCAUGGACGUGGACCCGCCGCAGCACGGAUACUACAAUCCCAAUGGUGCUACUCCAAAGAGGCGUGUCAAGGGGUCCAACAGUCAUUUGAGGGGGGCUCUUUCGCUCCCCACUGGGCUUGGUGCCGGCCAUGCUACUGCUAGGAGAGUGUUGCGAGAUGAAGACAUUGAAAGGAUGCUUGACCGAGCCAGUGUCGAGGCGGCUGACUCUUCUGAUGAUGAAGAGAUCCAAAUUCCUCGCUUGAGGAAUGAGGUGGCUGGUAUGAUG